UGAACUCUGUUAAUCCAACUUUUUGAGCACCAUGAAUAACCACGUGUCUUCAAAGCCAUCUACAAUGAAGCUGAAGCAGACCAUCAACCCCAUUCUUUUAUGCUUCAUACAUUUUAUAAUAUCACUUUAUACCAUUUUAACAUGCAUUCCAUUUUAUUUUUUGUCUGCAUCAAGACAAGAAAAAGCAAACCAAAUAAAAGCCAAGCCUGUGAAUUCCAAACCCGAGGCUGCAUACAGAUCUGUGAACAGUUUGAAUGGUUUGGCUUCUGUCAUGUACCCUGGGUGUGAUACUUUAGAUAAAGUGUUCACGUAUGCAAAAAACAAGUUCAAGGACAAAAGACUUUUGGGAACACGUGAAAUUUUAAAUGAGGAAGAUGAAGUCCAACCAAAUGGGAAAAUUUUUAAAAAGGUUAUUCUUGGACACUAUAAUUGGCUUUCCUAUGAAGAUGUCUUCAUUCGAGCCUGUAAUUUUGGAAAUGGCUUACAAAUGUUGGGCCAAAAACCAAAGACCAAUAUCGCCAUCUUCUGUGAGACCAGGGCUGAGUGGAUGAUUGCUGCACAGGCCUGCUUUAUGUAUAACUUUCAGCUUGUUACGUUAUAUGCCACUCUGGGAGGCCCAGCGAUUGUUCAUGGAUUAAACGAAACAGAGGUGACCAACAUCAUUACAAGUAAAGAACUCUUGCAGACAAAAUUGAAGGAUAUUGUUUCUUCAGUGCCGCGCCUGCGCCACAUCAUCACUGUCGACAGCAAGCCACCAACCUGGUCAGAAUUUCCCAAGGGAGUCAUUGUGCACACCAUGGCUGCAGUGCAGGCUCUGGGGUCCAAGGCGAGUUUAGAAGACAGGCUGAAGUGCAGACCGCUCCCCUCGGAUAUUGCAGUGAUCAUGUAUACUAGUGGGUCCACAGGUUUGCCCAAGGGCGUCAUGAUCUCUCACAGCAACAUCAUUGCUGGGAUAACGGGGAUGGCAGAACGCAUUCCAGAUCUGGGAGAAGACGACGUCUAUGUGGGAUACCUGCCUCUGGCCCAUGUUCUAGAAUUAAGUGCUGAGCUUGUCUGCCUUUCACAUGGAUGCUGCAUUGGCUAUUCUUCACCACAGACAUUAGCCGACCAGUCUUCAAAAAUAAAAAAAGGGAGCAAAGGAGAUACAUCUGUGUUAAAACCUACACUCAUGGCAGCUGUCCCGGAAAUCAUGGAUCGGAUCUACAAAAAUGUCAUGAAUAAAGUGAAUGACAUGAGUAGUUUUCAGCGCAAUCUAUUUAUUCUGGCCUAUAAUUACAAGAUGGAACAGAUUUCAGAAGGACACACUACUCCACUGUGUGACAGGUUUGUUUUCCAGAAAGUACGGAGCUUGAUAGGUGGAAACAUCCGGCUUCUCUUGUGUGGAGGAGCUCCGCUCUCUGCAACCACACAGCGGUUUAUGAACAUCUGCUUUUGCUGCUCGGUGGGGCAGGGCUAUGGCCUCACGGAGUCAGCUGGGGCUGGCACAAUCACAGAAGUGUGGGACUAUAAUACUGGCAGAGUGGGGGCGCCGUUAGUUUGCUGUGAAAUCAAGUUAAAGAACUGGGAAGAAGGUGGAUACUUCAAUACUGACACACCACAUCCCAGGGGUGAGAUUCUUAUUGGUGGCCAGAAUGUGACAAUGGGAUACUACAAGAAUGAAGCCAAAACAAAAACUGAUUUCUUUGAAGAUGAAAAUGGACAGAGGUGGCUGUGUACUGGUGACAUUGGAGAGUUUGACCCGGAUGGCUGUUUGAAGAUCAUUGAUCGUAAAAAGGACCUUGUAAAACUCCAGGCAGGAGAGUAUGUGUCUCUUGGGAAAGUAGAAGCUGCUUUGAAGAAUCUCCCACUAGUGGACAACAUUUGUGCGUAUGCAAACAGUUAUCAUUCCUAUGUCAUUGGCUUUGUUGUGCCAAAUCAAAAGGAACUGACAGAACUGGCCCGGAAGAAAGGACUGAAAGGAACGUGGGAGGAGCUGUGCAACAGCUGUGAAAUGGAGAAUGAGGUUCUGAAAGUCCUUUCUGACGCUGCUAUUUCAGCAAGUCUGGAAAAGUUCGAAAUUCCAGUAAAAAUUCGUCUGAGCCCCGAACCGUGGACCCCUGAAACCGGCCUUGUGACAGAUGCCUUCAAGCUAAAACGCAAAGAGCUUAAAACACAUUACCAGGAGGACAUUGAGCGAAUGUAUGGGAGGAAAUAACGACUCUAUGUUUUGGCAUCUCUUUGCUGCAGUGAGCUGAGAUCAAAUAGGAAAAUACUUGAAAUGCACGCCUCCAGCUUCGAGGCUCACUCCACACCUCCUGUUCACCCUCAGCUGUUCUUUCCCGGCAACACCGGCUCUGGCAGGAUUAGUAAAAUAUUAAUCAACAAAUCUGUGUCGGUCUCUUCUUUCGUCCCCUCACCCUCAGCUCAUGCUUCCACCGGUGACUGUCCCCAUGUGCAGAUUUUCCUGAAUCAUUGGGGAAGCAGUGAUUUUAAAACCUCAAGUUUUUAAACAUGAUUUAUAUGUUCUGUAUAAUGUUCAGUUUGUAACUUUUUAAAAGUUUGGAUGUAUAGAGGGAUAAAUAGGAACUAUAAGAAUUGGUUAUUUGGGGGACUUUUUUUACUUACAGUAUUUAAAAAUACAAGGAUAUUGAUGUGAAAUUAUGUAGAUUUCAACUGCCUGUGAAUCAAAUCAUUGUUGAUCAAAAUAUCUGUUGCUGUGUAAUUUUUUGUCAUAUAUGCAUUUGAGAGAAAUAAAUAUACCCAUCCACAUGUUUUAAGAAACUGA